AUGGAUAAAUAGCCUUAUGUUGCUUUUUUGCGUUUGCUUUUGCUUUUGCUUUUACUUACAAGGUUGGUAGAUCUUUGCUGCUGCUGCUGCUGCUGCCCUUUGUGUGUGUGUGAUCUCUGGGCCCGAUUUAAGCUCUUGACUGUGGAGUACUUUGAUUUUUAGGAUUUGAUUAUAUAAUUGUCAAUGAUUCUACGCUGUUGACUGCUGACAAUUAUUUGAGUCUUGCAUCUAAAGAAAAAUGCAAGGGGCGGUUAAUGCUUUUUUGUCCCAUGGAAAUUUGGUAAAAAAUGCUGUUCUGCAACGCUUCCGUGUUGCAAAUCCAGUACUGAGGCCUAUUUUGUUUUCUCGUUUUGAGUCUGUAUUAUCUGCUGGAAUGGAAGAGCAAAGCUUUGAAAGUACUACCAUUUCUGACAUCUUGAAAGCCAAAGGGAAAGGUGCUGAUGGCUCUUGGCUUUGGUGCACCACUGAUGACACUGUUUAUGAUGCUGUCAAGUCGAUGACACAGCACAAUGUUGGAGCCUUGGUGGUCGUUAAACCUGGAGAGCAGAAAUCAAUUGCAGGAAUUAUUACGGAAAGAGAUUACCUGAGGAAGAUCAUAGUCCAGGGAAGAUCAUCCAAGUCAACUAAGGUUGGGGAUAUUAUGACUGAAGAGAACAAGCUUAUUACAGUCACUCCAGACACUAAAGUUCUGCAAGCAAUGCAAUUGAUGACAGAUAAACGCAUCAGGCACAUUCCUGUCAUUGAUGAUAAGGAAAUGAUUGGCAUGGUGUCCAUUGGGGAUGUUGUCCGAGCUGUAGUGACUGAGCACCGGGAGGAGCUGGACCGCUUGAAUGCUUACAUACAAGGAGGCUACUAGAUGAUGACGACAAAAAAUGUGAUGGAAUGCAGUGGAUGUGCUUACUGUCGGACGACCAGUAAGCAAAGAGCUUGUAAAUAUGGCAUGUUGUGUGUCUCCGGUUAUGUGGUUUUACUUGCCCCCAUAUCAGAAUAUCUGAUGUCAAAAAACAGCAUGUGGACUAAAAGGUUCAUAAUAAGCACAAUCUUGUUGCUUAAGACCAUUGUCUAUGCACCUUUAGAUGAAUGGUUGUGGACUUAUAAUGUCAAAAUCCUUCUGAAAUAUCUAAUUUGAAGAUCUUUAACGGCUUCUUUUUGCCAAUAUAA